GCCAUCUGUAGUAAUUCAACAACAUUAUACCAAAUCAUUUGUGCACUUGUGUUGGGUUUUGUAGUGGUAGAUUCCGUAUUGUCAAUAGAAACGAUUUAAAAAUUCGAAAUGUCUGAAGCAGUUCCAAUUGAUUUUAGCUACAUAAUCGACGAGAUCAGGAGCGGCACACUGAGCCAAUCGAAUGAAGUAGCUUUGAAAACAGAGGAAUUUGUUGAGAGGAUAAUUGCAGAAAAGGAUUGGAAAAAUGCACAAGAAUUGAUGAAUUUGAUUAAAGCUGAAAUCAAACUGAUUAGUGAAGCACUUCCCUUGCAUACAAUCUCCACGAAUAUAUUGAGGCAUGUGCUGAACAUUAUCAGAGAGGAAUAUGAUAUUGGUUUUAAGAGCCAUGUUGAGCAGUCCUUGCAUCAAAUGAUGACGUCUGAUUCAGAUGCAAUGGGAGACUAUUCAAAAAUGUUGGAUGGUUUAAAGACAUCCAUAAUUGAUCAUUUAUCAGAAUACAAAACUGAAUUGGAGACAAGCAUUGACAAUAUUGCUGCGCAAGCAACUGACCAUAUUUACACUAAUGAAAUCAUCCUAACCUUUGGACAAUCUAAUACUGUGGAGCAGUUUCUGAAAGCAGCAUCUCGCACCCACAGCUUCCAAGUAAUUGUUGCAGAAAAUGCACCAAGUUACAAUGGUCACAGUAUGGCUGUAUCUUUAGCUAAUCACAAUAUACAAACUACUGUUAUAUCAGAUACUGCAAUUUUUUCUGUAAUGUCUAGAGUUAACAAGGUUAUUAUUGGAGUGCAUUCAGUCAUGGCUAAUGGCGCUUUAAAAACAGCUUGUGGUGUUCACGCUGUUGCGUUAGCAGCUAAACAUUAUUCUGUACCCGUAAUGGUUUUAACUCAUUUGUAUAAGUUAAGUCCUACUUAUGUCAGCAGUUAUUCAUUUGAUGCUUGUUCGUCUCCUGCUUCUGUGUUACCAUACUCAUUUGCAGGAGAUAUUGUUAGCAGAACAAAUAUCAUCAAUCCUAUGUUUGAUUAUGUUCCCCCAGAAUUGGUCACCUUAUUCAUAACAUACCAAGGCGGAAAUGCACCCUCGUAUAUUUACAGAUUGUUGAGCGAAUUGUAUCAUCCAGAUGAUCAUGAGCUUUAAUUUCAUUCAUUGUACAUACAUUUUUUUUUUCAAACAUAAUUUUA